AUGGAGGUAAACGCGGCACCUCAGUUUGGCCGUGACAGACACCUAGAUGAUGAUUUAAUCAACUAUGACAGUGAUGCUGAGAAACACUUGGGCUACAAUGAAACUACAGAAGCGAUGUAUGGUGCCGAAACCGUCGUUUCGGCGAAGGCCAGCCUUGAAGCCCCAGAUGAGGAUGGCGCUCGACAUGAAGUGGACUUUUUUGAAGGUGGCGAACAAGACCAGGCAGGAAGUCCCAAACUAGAGCUGGGGACUACAGAUGAAGGACACGAUGCGAACCGACAAGCGUCCCAUGAAAUAGACUAUGAUUUCGACGAGCCUACGCACCGCGAUACGCCUGCAGCCAUCGAUAAUGGUGAUGAGAAAAGAGCUACGCCGGAGCAGCGGCAGCUGGAAGAGGUUGUUCAUGACGAGAAGGCUCAGGGACUUGGAGAGGCAGACUACAAAGCUGAUGAUCAUGAAAUAAGCUGGGAACAGGGGGACGAGCCGGUGGAGGAGGGCUUGCGAGAUCCUGAAACCUCAGCUGACAAUGGCGAAUAUAUGUCUCCAAACGAGCUAUCUACUUCCGAAACAGAGAAUCAAGCUGCUUCUGUUCCAUAUGAUGGUGAUGCGGCCAGAGCGGACGAUUCCUAUUCUGAGCAACUGGAAACAGCUGGCGAUGGAAUGGGGGACGAUGGGGACCUGCAGGAUGACGCCGAUCAAGAUCUUCUCUUGGAUCUAGAGUACUCUGAUAUCGAAGAGAAUGGGGUUCCAGCUAUUACAGUGCAAUACAGGGGUGAUGAAUUUCCAUUCUUCUCACUCUCUUCAGAAGGCUUCUUUUCCCAGCUUUCAGUUUUGGACCAUACUUUCGAUUCAGUCUUGAGUGGUUUGCGACAAGAACUGGCCAAUGAACUCCAUCCUGAAGAUGAUCUUGUAUUUCAAGUGGACGAACUUGGGCUAGAGUUUGCAGAAUCAUCACCUCCUGAAAUUCUGUGCAGCAUCAGCUUGAGGCAAAUCCUUGAGGUUUUUGAAACUUUGGUUAAGAACUGGGACCCUGAAAGCAGUCGGCCACUUUACACCUAUCUCUUCACUAGACCCAGUGUGGGUAGACGAUUCGAUUUUUUAAUUGAGAGUGCUUCUGAAGGCAAGGGGUUGGAUGAUGUUAUUCAUCUGUUCCAAUCGGCCGUACCACGCACUGCUGGCCUUGGAGAUAUCUCAGCUGGCGAGAAUUUGAGUGGCCAGUUGGACCAUGAUGACAGCUCUCGUGAAGACCGCGCGGUACAAGAUGUUGGGGACGUUUUGAGUGACCGAGAAACGGGCGAGAAAGACUUGGAGCGGCUCGUAGAUGAAGACUCACUGUCGGAUCGACAAGAAAGCAUUGGAGAGGAUUAUGAAGAGGAUGAACCUGUUAACGAGCUCGAAGAUUCUGAUCCUCAGUAUGGCAAUGCGAUGGAAGAACUGGCAGAAGUAUCCCCGCAUUUUGAUGAAGCUGUGGUCUCGGGCGCUCUCGCUCCAGAAGACGACGUUGGAGAUGGUGAGGGGGACGAUGACCAGCUACUCGGUGGCGAUUCUCAAGAUGCAGGAGACGAGGUUCGCGAUCUGAUUGACCCGGAUUUCGACGAGCCCUUAGAAGUGGCCGAUAGUAACCUAGCCGGGCCGGUCGAGCAAUCUACACAGGAUGAUCUCGGAGACGCCAAUGCAAAGUUUGGUGCCACGGAUGCCAGUACUACGACGACGACUUUGAAAGAUGAUGGGGAGGCGGCGUCCACGCCAGUAGAACUUGCGGCUCUCGAUGCCAUCAUCGACCAAACCACCGUGGGUGACCUCGUUGAGCAAGAUGAUCUCGCGGAAAUUGAUUGGGGAGAUGAAGCGGAGCCUCAUCUGCAAGACGAGGUUGGUGGAGAGGAGACAUCCGGUGCUGUAAAACGAGCCCGUGGUGACGAUGGGUUAGGUGUCGACGAUAACCAAAAUGUCAAGCGCCAACGUUCCUAG